UUUGACGACGCUAGCCUCCAAUAGUCUCCCAAAUCCCGAAAACGCUCUUUAUCCUCAACCAAAACCCAAACCCUUCUUCGCCGCCGGUUUUUCAACAGUUGCCGUACCAAACCAUGACUGCAAUUCCCAGCCACGGCCUCCGAUGCUUCAACUCCCGCCCAUGGCUCCAGACCCUCCGCCGAAGACCCUCUCCACGUUUCUUUUCCCCUCUCUCCGUUUCUCUCUCCUCUUCUUCUCCCGUCGAAGAAGAUUCAGAAGAGGCUCCGUCGGACGCCACGAACCCUAACGAUACUACCGUCGACAACGCCGACAAGGAGAAGAGGAAGAACGUGUCGUUUUUUCCGAAGAGAGGGCAAACGUUGGAGCUGGUCUGCGAGAGCCUAGCUUUCACAGGGAAGGGCUUGUGCAAGGUGUCCGACACCGGUUUCGUCGUCAUGUGCGACCGUGCCCUCCCCGGCGAACGCUUCAUCGGUCGCGUCACCCGAAAGAAGAAAAAUUACGCCGAGGUGAUUAAAAUAAAGACAAUAUCCCCUCAUUGGGACUUUGUGGAAGCUCCAUGUGAACAUGCUUCAGACUGUGGAGGUUGUAAAACACAAAAUUUGUCAUACGAGGCACAAGUCAGAGCCAAAGAAGAACAAGUUCGAGACCUGGUCGUACACGUGGGGAGUUUCUCUGAUAAAGACCUGGAAUGUUUUGACAUUAUGAAGCCCAUUAUUCCCUGUGAUACUCAAUUUCAUUAUAGAAACAAGAUGGAAUUCUCAUUUGGUACUAAGACAUGGCUACCUGGAGGUCCGUUACAAGACAAACAAAGUGAUGCCGCUGGCUAUGUGUUAGGACUGCACGUUCCUGGAUUUUUUGAUAAGUUUCUUAAUAUAAACAAAUGCUUAUUACAAAGCGAGCCUGCCAAUAAGGUUCUUAAAGCCAUUCAAGAGUGUUGGAGAGAUCCAAACUUAGGCCUUUAUCCGUACGAUGUUCAUUCUCAUGCUGGAUUUCUCAAGCAUCUAAUGCUGAGAUCAGGCAGGGAUGUCAAUACUGGUCUUCCCGAGCUUAUGGUUAAUUUUGUGACUUCAUCCUACAAACCAGAGCUUCUGAAGCCCCUUGUUGAGAAAAUUUCACCCAUUCUUGAAGUGGUGAGCAUUGUAAACAAUGUAAAUUCUUCCGUUGGUAACACAUCUGUUGGCGAGGAUGAGUACAUUUUACAUGGAAAAUCUACCAUCACAGAGACCCUAAGAGGGCUUGCAUUUGAAAUUUCAGCGAACUCUUUCUUUCAGACAAAUACACGACAGGCAGAGGUUCUUUAUGGACUCAUUGAAGAGUAUGCUGAUCUCAAAGGAGAUGGCUCGGACAUUGUCCUUGACCUUUUUUGUGGAACAGGCACCAUUGGCCUGACACUUGCCAGAAAGGCCCGACAUGUUUAUGGCUAUGAAGUGGUUCCUCAGGCUAUAUCGGAUGCUCGUCGGAAUGCCAAGUUGAAUGAAAUCCGCAAUGCCACAUUUGUCCAAGGAGACCUUAAUAAAAUUGACGUGAACUUUGGAAAAGAUUUUCCAAAACCUGACAUUAUCAUAUCAGAUCCAAAUCGUCCGGGUAUGCAUAUGAAGUUGAUUAAAUACUUAAUCAAGCUUCAAUCCCCACGGAUCAUUUAUGUGUCGUGUAAUCCUGCGACAUGUGCACGUGACCUCGAUUACCUCUGUCACGGUUCGGUAGAGCAUAAUAUAAAGGGAUGUUACAAACUAAAACGCCUACGGCCGGUGGACAUGUUCCCUAAUACACCUCACAUCGAGUGUGUUUGCCUCUUGGAGCUUCAAUGAUCCCUGGUUUAAUUCCUGCUUUCAUAUACAAGCGCUUUCCUUCGAAUCAUUUCUCAGCUCAUCAGUUAAAGACCACAUUCCAAAGACAUCGUCAGAUGGCAACUUCUGCAUAGGGGAUACUUCAACCAAGGUUUUCCCGUUAUGGGUAAGUAUCCCAAUGCAAAGUUUUCCCUUGUGAGUAUUGUUCAGCAAGGGAUCUGGUAAUGAUUGCAAAUGCGAAGUUUACUGUUAUGUAGAGUGUUGUCGAGCAAGGGAUCUGGUGAUGCUGCAAUCGACCUUUGUGCCUGCUUUAAGCACAAAAAUAAAAUUUCCUUCAAAGGCCACUCUCCUCAAAUGCUUCUGUUCGGAAGUUAAGUAGUUUACUGUGAGAUUAUUAUGAAGAGUUUAGACGAGGGCACUUGGUGUUUCAAUAGAGGUGCAAGAAGUGGACAAUGGAACUCAAUUAAAGGCGACAAUGGCGUUCUACUAGUAGGACUAGGGUAGAUUCCACCACGUGGCAAGUAGUUUCUUUUUGUCAUUUGGGAAGUUGAUGUCCUAUUGUAUAAGUAUCCUUGAAUAUUUUGAUCUGUAACAAUCCAUAUUUACCGGUGUCACUUUCCGCGGCCUUGAGAAUAUUAAGAACUUAAUUGUUUUUC